ACGGGGGAGUUUACAGGACCAUCCGCCUCCUAAAGCGGCGUUUUUUCUGGCCCUCCCUGGAACGGGAUGUCAGGGAAUAUAUCUCAGCCUGCAGUAUCUGCGCCCGUUCCAAGGCUUCCAACAGGCCCCCCUCAGGUCAUCUCCUGCCUCUAUCCACGCCUAGCCGUCCCUGGUCUCAUAUUGCGGUGGAUUUUGUUACUGGGCUUCCUCCGUCUCAAGGCCAUACGACACCAUGGGAUACCCAGUGACAUCGUGUCCGACCGCGGACCUCAAUUUACAUCUCAAGUAUGGAAGGCCUUCUGCUCCGCCCUCGGAGCCACAGUCAGCCUUACCUCCGGGUACCACCCACAGGCCAAUGGACAAGCUGAACGGGCUAACCAGGAGCUGGAGGCGGCUCUCAGGUGUCUGGCGGCUCAGAAUCAGGAGGACUGGUCCAAAUACCUGGUGAAUUGGAUCUGGCAGUGCCCUCGGUCCAGCUCCACCUUCAGCGGUGUCGUGACAUCUGGCUGCAGACCAGGGCGGCUCUCCUCCGCACCAAGGAGAGCAACUGCCAGAUAGCCAACCGUCAUAGGGUGGUGAGUCCCAACUACCAACCUGGCCAGAAGGUUUGGUUAUCGUCUCGUAACAUUCCUCUACA